UAUUCUUUGGUGCAGUGUGUGACGUCACUACGUGAAUUGAAUCAUUUUGGAGAGGUGUCAUAUUUCCAUAAAAAUAAAUAUUGGAAUUCUUUAGCAAAUAUUGAAAAAUAGAGCUCAUUGUAACUGAAAAUGCAGAAUCCAAAUGAAGAUACAGAAUGGAACGAUGUCCUUCGCUCCAAGGGAAUCUUGCCCCCCAAGGAAAAAGAGAUAUCCGAAGAUGAAAUCGUUAAUAUGAUGGAACAGACCAUUCAGAAAAAACAAGAACAAAAGGAUAAACAACUCUCAGAACUAGAUUUAGAUGGUUUGGAUGAGCUAGAAGACUCAGAAGAUGAGGCAGUCAUAGAAGAAUACAGAAGGAAACGGAUAGCAGAAUUAAAGAGGCUGUCGGAAAAGCCGAGGUUUGGAGAUGUGAGGGAGGUGUCCGGGCAGGAUUAUGUGCAGGAGGUGAACAAGGCUGGUGACGGCAUAUGGGUUGUGAUACACUUGUAUAAGCAAGGUAUCCAACAAUGUGCCCUAAUUAACCAGCAUAUGAAACAGCUAGCAGCCAAGUUCCCAUACACCAAGUUCAUAAAGGCCAUAGCACAGACUUGCAUACCAAACUUCCCCGAGAGGAACCUGCCCAGUCUGUUUGUGUACUUUGAAGGGGACAUGAAGAAGCAGUUGGUAGGACCUCAUGAGUUGAGAGGGACUGCACUGACUUGUGACGAACUUGAAUACAUCCUGGGUCAAGUAGGUGCAGUAGACACGAAGAUAACCGAGGACCCCAAACCAAAGAUCAAAGACAAAAUGUUCACAGACCUCGGCUCCAAUGACUGGUGACCUAUAGACCAACUCACAAUUAGUUUUGUACAUAUAUUGUGUACUUUAAGUUUGGUGCAAGUGACUUUACGCUUCCGGAGUGCGGGUUCUAUGCUUUUGUUGCAAUAUUUAUUUAUACUCUAACCUCCUUACUGUACCCUAUUCACGCAAAGAAGUUAGUAUAGCGCUCUCUCUGUUAUGUAAUUCCAUACAAAAUAUGCAGACCCAAAAAUCUCUAGGCGUCAAGCAUUUUAAGUUAUCAACCAAUCACAAACAUUUUUUGAAAAACAUUCGAAAUUCAUUUCAAGAAUGUUUAAAAAAACAUUCGAAAUUCAAAAACAUUAAAAAAACGCCCACUGAUAUUUUUGGCUGUCAUUUGUAUGAGAUUAUGUAACAGAUUUAGUGCUAGACUAGAAGUUCCAUGGAUAGAGUUAUAAUAAACUUUGUAUAAUUAAGGAGCUGCCAAACAAAACGGCGUAAUUACUCUUCUGAACAAAAUACUUGUUUUCUUUAAUCCAGGUGUUUUGGGCCACUACUACAAAACAACCUAAAACUGUACUGGAAUUGAGUUCAAAAAUCAUGAUUUCAAUCCAUGAUUCGAUCGAUGAAUACAAAGUUGAACACAUUUCCAAGCAACACAGCCUUAAACUGUGUUAAAACUGACGCCAAAAUUGUUGGUUUUUAUCAUGAUCCGCCGAAUAUACAGUUUUGAUAAAAAACUGGCACAAUUGCAGUAGUUUCAACAGCCUUCAUUCGGGUUUUUGCUCCUUGUGUAAUUUUUUUAUUUUAUUCAAUUACACAUAUUUGUUUGCCAUUUCCUCAAUUACACAACGCAUUUAUUUGUCUUCUUUUGAAUUUCAAAUUACCGAUGUCAAAAGGAGAGAAAUGUAUCACUAUACAAUGUUUAUAAGUCAGGCAGUUAUUGUGUAGAAACUGCACAUUAUUUUACCAAUAUGAUGGCAUUUCAAAGUAAUAUUUUGUUUAUACUCGUAAGUGGAAGCCAAGAAAUUGAAAUAAAUGGUGUCUGUAGAUCAUUUCACGUCUCCAAGAGUCCGUUCAUAGAUUGUUAACCAAAGUGGUUAUUGAAUGUUAUUUUAAAGAAGAAAAGUAUUUAUUUUAAUGUAUUAUUGUUUAUUAUUGUAAUGUUUAAAUUAUUAAAAUACUUUUUACUACAUA